GCGCCAAGUAAGUAACAACAACCACCAUUAGUUGCUCAUCACCAUCAUCAGCUGUUCACCACCAUCACCGUCACCGCCAUCAGCUGUUCGCCAUCGUCACCGCCAUCAGCUGUUCACCACCGCCACCACCACCGCCAUGGCCUCAUAUUUCGGUAUUGACAAGAUAUUCAAGGCCUUGCGGAUCAUCAGGGACUACGGAGGCAUCAGGGCUUCCCUUUACCAGCUGUACAGGGUGGAUGACCUCAAGGAUGGAUCCCUCGUUGGGGAGGACGCGCUGGGCAACAAAUACUACGAGAACAAGCAGCUGACUUUAGGCCGUAACCGCUGGGUUGUCUACCACCCGAGUGUUGGUACUGACUACGAUGCAUCCAUGGUGACGGCGGAGUGGUACGGUUGGCUGCACCACAAGACUGACCAGCCCCCCACAGAGGUGCCUCCAACGGCCUAUGCCUGGCAGAGUGGGCACCAGGAGAACGUGACGGGAACUGCAGACGCCUACACCCCAUACAGCACCACCAGGCCCAAGGUGGAGGCCUGGACCCCACCCAGGACAGUGUAAGACACCUCUCCAUCCCUCACAGACUCAUAUCCAUCUGUCCAUCUCCUCAGGCUUAGUAGUUAGGGCUGGUUGGCUGUCGUCUGCAGAGGUGUGUCACCCAGGCUCUCUCAUUGUCCCAGUGGUCAAGGCUGGCCGUCCACUGAUCCAUGAUCCUUGUCCAUCACUGAAAACUUAAACAUGUGGAAGAAGGCCAAGGAACAUCCAUUGAUCCUAGCACAGCUGUGGCUAUUGCAGUAAUAUUAACACUUGUCUUCCCUCUAAUAUCACCCCUCCUCAAAGGUUCAGUAAUCACCACUUUAAAACUUGCUUGAUGUACACUAAAUACUAUGCCCAAUAGCUGAGUAGGUUGAUCUUAAAGACUAAUUAUAAGCACAGCCAAUACUAUGCCACUGACACAGCUGUGGGUGCAUGUGAGGACAAGCAUCACAGGUCGUGGACAAUUGGAUGCCCAGUCUAACAAUGGCAGGAAGAGGGAGAGCUUCAUUCUUAGCUCUUUCCAUGAAAAUGAAUUGAAAGAGUAUAGCUGGAUAUUUCUUGUGAAGAGUAGCCACCUGUUUUGCUUUAGGGAAGAAGUUCACCACUCAGAUUCUGGUGAUGGAGUCAGAAAUCAUGCAGACUUAUGAGCUGUUGACCACUCACUGUAUUAAAGGUACAAAGGAAGGGGGUGAUGAACCAAGUGAUUGACUCCCACAAAAAUACCUAACGUGUGUGUGUGUGUACUGGAGAAAUUAAACACUCUGGAAUGGUGUGGUAGCCAGAAAUGGUGCAGAAGUGGGAUUUGUAGGGCCAGAUAUUGUUAAAAGUAAAACCAAAGUCAUUGAGGUCUGUAGGAAGCUGGGUCAUCACAAUAGGAAAAUAAGUGUGUAAAUAUGUACAUUGAAAAUAAAAUUGUAAUAACUUU